UCUCUCCCCCCCCACCCACCCGUCCCGGUCGUUCUCUCCCCCCCCCCCCCACCCACCCCGUCCCGCCCGUCCCGGUCGUUCUCUUCACCCCCCCCACCACCCGUCCCGGUAGAUCUCUCCCCCCCCCACCCACCCCGUCCCG